AUGCGGGAAAAGGCACGCGCUGAAGGGAAUGAUUUGCUGGUAAUUGACACUGGUGAUAGGGUUGAGGGGAACGGGCUUUAUGAUGCUUCGGACCCGAAGGGCGCCUACAUCUCCGACAUUCUGCGUCAACAGCAAAUUGAUGUGAUGUCAGCCGGCAAUCAUGAACUGUACAAGCAGAACAGCUCGGAGACCGAAUUCUUGACUACUGUGCCCAAUUUUCAUGGUAGCUACCUGGCGUCGAACAUUGACAUCCUUCAUCCAACUACCGGAGAACUCGUGCCGUUAGCUCCACGCUUUAAGAAGUUCACGACCGAGAAGCAAGGCAUCCGCAUCGUCGCUUUUGGAUUUCUUUUUGAUUUCACGAAAAACUACAACAACACAAUCGUUUACUCGGUGGAGGAUACCAUUAAGACAAGCUGGUUUCAAGAAGCCAUUCGUGACGAAGAAGUCGAUCUCUUCCUGGUGAUAGGCCAUGUUCCGGUUCAUUCGAAGGAGUAUAACGCUGUUUUCGAAGAGAUCAGAAAUAUUCAUUGGGAUAUGCCGAUUCAAUUUUUCGGCGGCCAUUAUCAUAUCCGCGACUAUGCACGGUACGAUUCUAAAGCGUACGGGCUAGCGAGCGGCCGCUUCAUGGAAACCAUUGGAUUUAUGUCAAUCGAUGGUCUGUCCACCAGCAAGAAUCGGAUCAAGCCUGCGCAAGCGACUCCCAGCUUCAGCCGACGGUAUAUUGACAACAACCUUUACUCGUUUUACCAUCACACCGGUCUUGACCGGGACUGUUUUCCCACAGAUCAUGGUCGAAAUGUAUCACAUCUUAUUCAGCAGUCCAGGGAUGCCCUUCAACUGGAUAGGGUUCAUGGUUGCGCUCCUCAGGACCUCUGGAUGACCCGAGUGAAGUAUCCUUCUCAGGACAGUAUAUAUACAUGGCUCGAAAGGGAAGUGCUUCCUAAUCAAUUGAAGGAUGACUCUCGCAAUGGGAAGCCCGCGUUGGUCAUUGUCAACACUGGGGCCAUCCGCUUCGACAUAUUUAAGGGUCCGUUUACGCAAGAUACGACGUUCAUUGUCUCUCCCUUCACGAGCGGCUUCCGCUAUAUCAAGGAUAUCCCCUACGAGAAAGCGCAGUCGGUAGUAGAAGUUCUGAACAAGCAGCCGCAGAUUUUGACUGCGCCUAAGGACCGCUCAAAUUACACACCAUGGACUCUCGCGCCGCCAGAGCAAUCAAUGUAUAUGCACGACAAGGUUGUGGAAAGCGACAAUGUGGCUACUCACUAUCUUACUGAUCAGAGUCGGCUUCCAAUGAGCGGCCCAUUCACGCCUGAGGUUUUUCCUGGCUACACCACUGCAGAUGAUGGGGGUAUAGAUGGGGAUGACACAGUUCAUUCGCCAAUAUCAUUUUACCGUGUUCCAAAUUGCAUUCAAGCUCUCAUCUCUCCAGGUACAUCUGCAGAUCCGAAGACAGUGGAUCUUGUGUAUAUUGAUUUUAUCGAACCCUAUGUGGCUCUGGCCGCCAAAUUUGCGAGCCUUGAUCUUGAUUUUUCACGGGAUAGUGACGUUUAUAUGCCCUUCACGACGUUAACUGAUCUUAUUAUGGACUGGGUCAAGAAUAACUGGAGGUGCGAAGAUGCAUGA